UCGUAGUUCGGUGGCGGAAUCUGACCUGCUGGAUCUGCCCAGUGUCCCAUAGGGAAGAGCCAGAGUAGGUGCGUCCGUCGUUCCGUCCAUCUGACCAGGCUCCCACAUUGAGGAUUUCGUGUCCUGCUGAGUUCCCCCGAAGUUGACCUGAUAUCACCUUGGCAUCCACGUCUUUAUUGGACAGUGAAGGGAUGGCAUUUGUCAAGAGUGGUUGGCUGCUUCGACAAAGCACAAUUUUGAAGCGGUGGAAAAAAAACUGGUUUGAUCUGUGGUCAGAUGGCCACCUAAUCUAUUAUGAUGACCAGACUAGGCAGAAUGUAGAAGAUAAGAUUCACAUGCUGGUGGACUGCAUCAACAUCCGAAUGGGAAAUGGAUGUCGAGAUUUUCAUCCUCCUGAGGGCAAGCCAAAAGACUGCAUACUUCAAAUUGUUUGCCGAGAUGGGAAAACUAUCAAUCUUUGUGCAGAAAGUGAAGAUGAUUGCUUGGCUUGGAAAUUUGCACUGCAGGAUGCGAGGACUAAUACAGCUUAUGUUGGCUCAGAAGUCAUGUAUGAUGAGACUGCUGUUGCUUCAUCUCCUCCUCCUUAUACAGCUUAUGCCACACCAUCUCCUGAGGUAUUUGGCUACGGUCAAUAUAAUGGUGCAUACCCACCAGGGACUCAAGUUAUUUAUGCUGCUAACGGGCAGUCUUAUGCGAUACCAUACCAGUAUCCAUAUCCAGGACCUUAUGGACAGCAGCCUGCCAACCAUGUCAUCAUCAGGGAGCGUUACCGGGACAACGAUGGAGACCUAGCUCUGGGCAUGUUGGCUGGGGCAGCCACUGGCAUGGCCUUGGGAUCUUUGUUCUGGGUCUUCUAAGUUUCUCUACGUCUUUGUAUUUGUAGCUUCCAAAACCUUAUUUAUUUUCUGUGUGCGAUAAUAAUAUAUUUUGCAAGGUAUUCCUGUUUUACUGUAAAGAUUUUUAAUGACAGUUACAAUAGUACUUUUAAAAUAGUGACAUAUUAAUUAUAAUUAGUCAAUAUAAAUUUCACAAGGCAGGAUUGUAAGGGUGCAGUUCAGUUGAAAUAUGAAUUAGAAGGAUACUUGAUCAUUUCAAACUCUUUUGUGGAACUUAGUUGUAUAAGGACUUAUAUGAGCUCAUUCAUUUUGAAGAACAUUAUCACUGCAGUGUUAAAUGCAGAGCAUAAGAGAUAGCUUUUUCAUCCAUAUUAGGAGUAUACUGCUCAUAUAAUGACCCCUGAUUAGGUGAUUAUUUCUGGCGGGGAAAAACUCAAUUAAUCCAACUAUUAACUCUCAACUUAAGAAUUAACCAUGGAACAGGCUGGGUGUUGCUGUUGGCAUGGCAAGAUGGUAAACUAUGCAUGAUAAAGCAAUAUGGACUUUUUGCACUACACACUCCAAAGAAUAGUCCCCAAGGUAGUCUCCAUAUACCUCUGUAGUUGGCUCUGUCAUCAUCCAGUGGUGCUCUACUGGCAGACCUGUUUUCUCUGUUGUGAAUGGAUUUAUUGAAUCCUAGAUAUUGGAACUGGUAAGUUUCUUCUAAAGAGCUGCCAGUCAGGACAGAUUCUUGUCAGUAGGACUGGAAACCUACAGUUCUUUGACAUAGUUCUCAACCAUGGAGAGCUGUAAAAGCAGUUCAGAAGCUGAGGUGAAUGGGGUUGUUUUUUUUUUUUUUUGGAAGUUGGUACUACCCAUGCAUUUAAAAGGUGACAGACAUGACUUUUACCUUCUUUUAUUUAACAUGGUGAAAACAUAUUCAAAGUUCAGAUCUCCAUUGAGUGCAUUUUUAUGUUGUGUAUCUGAGCCAUCCACUCUCCUCUUGCCUUGUUUUGAAAAACAUAUAUGUCACCAGCAUACUAGUAGUGCUUUUGGUUUUAUCUGGUUGGCCUGUUACAGAAUAUUGUUCUAAGGGUGGAACAGACUGAAGGCAUUUGUAGUCAGUCAGAGUGAGGAGAAAGAAUUAAAAUCAGACUCAAGGUUAUUAGUAUAAAUGUUGAGUUCUUGAUCAUUUUGCAGAGUUGAGAUAAGGUGGAAGGAUGAGGGAGGCUAAUGGGAAGAAUUAAUGACAGAAAAUGAUUAUAGAAAUUAGUAAAGUGGUUUGCUUGAAAAUGUGCAACUAAAUCUGUAUCUUGUUAUAGAUCUAAUUAGAUCAGUAAACAGAUAGCUGAUUUAGUCUUAUUUCAUGUGACUUUCCCCUAAAACUGUUAUUUUUGCCAGUAACCUUUAACAUACUUUGAAAAGAUGUGUACUCUUCAAUCCCAUUUUAAUUUUUGUGAUAAAACUCUUAAGAGAGUUCGCCUCAUCCUCAUGAAUGAUAUCUUUUUUCAUGGACCAUUUGGUAAAAUCUGCUUUCCUUUACUUGAAAAUUCAAAAUGUUUUAUUCUCCAAAUCUAUACUUAUUUGAAGAUGAGAAAGCAAUAGGAGGGAAACAAAGGCUCAGGGAAAUGUACAUUGUUCUGAACAGCCAUUCCAGAAUUUUUAAUGGUAGGAUUGCCUCAUGUGUAGAUUUCACGUUUUUUUGUUUCUUAUAUUAUCUGUAGUUCAGUUAUUUUUGCUGCUUCCUAAAUUUUUAAUUGAAAUUUACUUAAUCUAUUAGUUAAUAAAACUGUAUUUAAGGUAUCAGGGAAAUAGGAUGAGAGCCAUGUUUGUAAUGUUAAAGUAACUCAAGAUUGUCUUAGGUAGCACUUUGCAAGUGAUGCUGUUAUCUUUCUCUGAAAGAUGUAAAAAGUUGAUGAUUCCACUGUCAUGACUAACUAGAGUUAUGUUAAAGGAAUGUAAAGUAAUUUAAUAUACAUAUAAUAAUCUGUGGAAAGAUAGCUACUCUAUUUGACCAAGUAGACUGGCACAUUUAUUCUCAUUAAUUCCCAUUCAAAGCUUACAAUUUGUGGAUACGCUUGUUUGGAGCCCAGUUAAUGAAAUUAUGUAAACGAAUAAAACAACCAAAAUCUAAAAGGUAAACCUAAAACACAUCAGGCAGCUAAUACCAUACAGUGAUUUGAUCAUUCCUUAAUUCAUUGAAGAAAUAUUUUGGAAUGCCUGCCAUGCGUAAGACAAAUCUGUAGUUAGUCUUAUAUUAUUUCCUAAUUUAUAUGACUUUCCUUAUUUUCUAUGAUAUAUGAUUUAUUUUAAACUAGUUUUAGAGUUUGAGAUUUUCCCUUGUCAUGGUAUAGUGAUGAUAAUUCCCAUAAAGUCCAUUCUUUGUCAUGAAUUCUGUUUUGUGUUUUGGAUGACUGAUUAUAUAUCAUUUUUUCUGUCUAAUUAACUAGUUUGAUGUCUUAUGAAAUUUAAUACUCCAUGUCAAAUUGAAGGCCAAACCAGCUUUAUAAUGAACUCUUGGAUUCUUGGCAGUUCCUGUAGGCCUUUUUUUUUUUUUCAAACUGGAGAUGUCUGCUUCAGCUGACAGGAAAUGUACAUGAGUGCCAUCUCACUUAAUAUUUGACAGUUGGGGGAGAAAGUCACAUAAGGUCUGAUUGUAUAAUUGAUUGAUGCUUUAAAAUCAUUGCUGUUAAGACUUUGAAUUAUAUGUAAUAAGAAUGUUAAAAUUACAAUGAUUUAGACAAUGUAGUUUAUGUGAAUCCUCUAAAGUACUGUGAAUUGAAGGGAUAUAUUUGCAAUAAAGCAGCUUUGAAUGUUGCAGUGGGUUGGUUGUUAAUAUGAAACUCAGUGAAAGCACCAUGUUACUGGCCCAUUGUCUGCAUUGUAGGGCUAAAAUAUCUGUAAAUACACACUGUACUCUUAUCCCAUUAUCCAGGGUAUUUUAUAACUCAAAGGACCAAAGGAAAUGUAAUUUCAGCAUGUAAUUUCCCUGACUCCCUUUGGCCUUGAAUUGGAAACUCUAUGAUCGAGCAUGAAGGCAUUAUUAUGUUUUAGCCUGAGGGACUUUGGCCUUUAGGAGAGCCAGGUCUUUGAGUAAGCUUCUCUAAAGCUGUGUGUUUCAUCGAGUUCCUCAGAAACUUCACAAGCAUGUUUUCCCUUAUCUUUGUGUAACUACUUGCAUUCAUGGUCACCAGAUUUUAGAGGGAUUGUUUAAGAAGGUAGCCUACCACACCAUCAUUUUACACACGGGAAUACACAGGCCCAGAAAGGUAAAGAAAGUGACUUGUCCAAGAUAAUAAUUAGCUGGUAACUGAACAGGGAUAAGAGCCCAAAUUUCCUAAUUCCCAAGUCAAUGCAUUUUUCUAUUUGUCAAGUGUAGCUAAGUUGUUAAUGUUUGAGUUACUAGUGACUUUACCUUAAUAUGAAACAAAUACAGUACAUUGGACAGUUUCUAAAAUCUCAUUCUUAUGUUUCUAAUAUUGUUGAUACCAGCUUCCUGAUAGUGCUUUUGAUCAAUUACCUUUCUGUAUGGUGCUUUGCAUAAAUAAUCCUAACUAAAGAGAUUACCAAACUAAGAGGCUGUUUUAGUUUGUACAUCUGGGAACAUUUAUUACCUUUUACAUCCCUUACCUUCCCUUUGCAUUUUUCUUUGUUUUAGGAAAUUGUCCUGCCUGGAAAAAAAGCUGACCACUCAUGUAUUACACAUAGUUAUUCUUUAUGUUGGCUCUAAUGUAUUGUUUCCUUGCUUUGUGUCAGGAUUAUGAGUCAGGUAAGGUAGAGUUGAACUGAGUAAGUUAAAGGGAAAGUAUGUUUUUGACCUUGAUGCAGAUUUUCCCUCAGAACUCAGGGAAAAUGGUCUAGAUAGUAAAACAUGGCUUCUCCAAACCCAGCUAUCUGUCUCCUCAGAGAGAGUACAGUGUAGGUUUAAGGCAACUGAGUUAAUAAAAGGGCAAAAUGCUAGUUUUUGAGAUAUAAUGCAAGUGAUGCAAAUUUUCUAUCUUCAUUAUUCUGGAUAAUCUCUCCUCAUCACAGCUUUUGCAGGCACUGUUUUAGAAAGCGGUGAAAUCUCUUUGCCUGAGAUUCUUUCCUGUGAUUGCCAUCUUACCUUCACCAUAUUGUUUCUGUUGUGCCCAUGAAACCUGUUUUUCUUCUAUGCGGAAUAUACAUUUAUGUAGAAUAUAGAGAAAAUGUUAAUAAAAUGAGUGUUGAACUGCAAA